AUGGAUAUUCCUAAAGAUGAACUGGAGCUGUUGAGAAGCUUUUCUGGAAGAACAAUUUCUGCUAUGGCAAAAUACAACAAUGUAAAAUGGGAAGAAGAUGAAUAUGCGGUGAUACAAGAUUGGAAAUGCAUUAAAAACCUGAAGCUCAAUCCUCGGGUAUCAUAUUUCUGGUGGAAGCUUAUGAAGAAUGUGAUUCCUACGAUGGAUUUCUUAAUGCAUAGGAGAUUGUUAGAUAACAACCUUUGUCCAAGAGGUUGUGAUAUGAAGGAAGAUGUGGAGCAUGUGGCUGUCAAGUGUUCUAAACUAAUUCAGGUAAUUCAAAUGGCUAAUCGGUUGGGGUUUUCCUUACCUGUUUUUAAUAGUUUAGAAGAAUGCUUAAAGUUUUUGAGGAAGCAAGGGAAGGUGGAUCCUUUUAGUACAAAAACUUAUUGUGCUUUGGUUUAUCAUUCAUGGAAGAGUAGAAACAAUCUUGUUCAUGAAGGCCAGGAGCUUGGAGCUGGAGGUAAUCUAUAUUCAGACCACUGGGGUGCUAACCCACAUUAUAUGCUAACUUCUACUUCUUGGCAUCCCCCUCCACCCGGAUGGAUUAAGGUGAACAUAGAUGCAUCUUUGCUUAGUUCUAAUGAAGUGGGGAUUGGAGGUAUUUUCAGAGAUCAUAAAGGAAGGAUGCUUCUAUCUUUUGGAUUCUCUGUUGUGAAUUGGGACAUUGGAUUCUUGGAGUUAUUGGCAUUUCGUUCAUUGGCAAGAGUUAUCAAGGAUUGGAUGUUGGAUGCAAAAGGUUUGAUUAUGAAGGAGACAAUUUGA